GACCUCGUGCUCGGUAAUUUUUUUUUUUCCCCCCCAUUUAUCAGAAUAAUGAAAUAGACUCUCGGUGGAUAAUAAUCCAUGGGAUACCCGGUUGUCUCACGCGGUGGAGAAAAAAAAAAUAACGAAACCAGAGAAGAGGAUGAAAAGGCGUUGCGAUAAGUUGUCGAGCGGUUGUUGAGCGGUUGUCGGGCAUUUGGCGCCGGUGGUGUUUGGCGUUUCGGGGAUUUCUUCGAGGAUUGUCAGGCACGCGGGAACAGCUAUGCCAUUGUGAGAUGUGAAAAUCAAGACAGGAUGGCACUCAUGUAUACGUCACACGUUUCCCGGUGUUUAUGCUCGAGCCAGAAAUGAAUGAGGACUUCACUGUAAAUCAUAAGCUCCGAACAAUAGAAAAAACAAAAAUAAAAAGAAAACCAGAAACCGAAAAAAAUAGUGAUUGAGCCCCGAGGUCGACGUGCCUAAAUCGUCACGAGAGACUUAUAUAGAAAAAAAAUUGACAAGGUAAAACCGAAAAUAAGUCGUAAAAAUCCGGAUAAUAUCUCGUGAGACAGUUUGUAUGGUAUGGAACUACCGUGGCAACUCAAUCGAUGAAGGAAAUUCCCGCAGUCGAAGUGUCACGUACGGGAGAGAAUCAGCGGAUGGCACGAGAGGAAAAAAUCGUCGGAGUAACGCCGAUGAUAUUCCAAUAUUCCCCGACACCUCAGUCAUAAUACCAUGAUCAUAGAUAUACAAACAAGCCCCCUGAAUUGAGAGAAAGCAAUUCCCAAGAAUUCCAAAUGGUUGUGAAAGAGAAAAUAAUAAAAAAUGACAAAAGAGGGUAAAAAAUAGAAGAUCCCCGAGGAAAAACUGGUUUCGUUACGGGUGAAUCGGGUGGAAGCCAAAUGCCUUCCAUAGAUGCCUGAAUAGCCAGGAAAUCCGUGGGUCUUUCCUGCUCCAUCUCCGGCUACCGGUGCUAUCCUCGAUUGAGCAUCGCCUUAGCCUCAAGCCCUCACUGGACCCGAUAUAGAGGUCCAGGAGUCGUCAGGCCCUCACAACCCACAGGAACAAAGAAAUCCAGAUACCUCAAAAAAUCUCUUACUCCAGUUGAAACUCCUAGCAAGAUGAUUAAACCGAUUGCCCUCCUAUCCGACUAAACCAUCUCGAAAGGUCAAUCAGGAUUUUAUCAGUUGUCUUGAUGGGCCUGAAUUCCGGGGCAAGCCAAGAAAGUGAGAGGAAAACUAAACCCAUGCCUUUCGGACAGAAAAACUGGUUAAAGCUGGUGUACCGUAAGCAACAGAUCAUUCUGCCCUGGUGAAAAUUAGCUCGACAAAAUUCUGUCAUAUUUUCACAAACAACGGGAUAUAUUACGAUUUACUACUAAAAAAACUUGCUCAGGAUUUGAUAAAAAAUUUUCGGCAAUUAUUCAAUAAUUAAUUAUAUUUUUUUUGGGAAAAUGCGAUAGAGUCGAGGAUUUCUGUCAACAUUUGACUGAAUCAAUCGAGCCGAUUUCCCCGUGGGCAGUGGAACAAGAUGAAAUUCAAAUGGAGUGCAGUGAUUGCCGUUUAUCAUUGGGUUUAUCUAAUUAGUAAACACAUCUAGAGUGGAUGGAGCGGUGUGCAAGGAAGAGGCGUCGCCAUUGGUGAUAUUCACCGCGUGACGCACACUCAGUUCAGUACUUAACUGCUCAAACGUAUCGCGCGCGAUUCAGUUCACCCGACGUCGGGCUCGUGGUUACGUCAACUUUUAUAUCGACACUUGUGUAAAUUCGAGUAUACCACGCUCAAUACCCCUGAACCACGUGCGAGUGCAGCAAUUCAACUUGUUAAAUUUUAUUAUUAUUCUUUGAAUUUCCCUUUUGACGAGUGAUGUAAUAAUUGGCACAACUGGGUUAUCAGCUUAUUGAAGGAGUAGGCAAAUAAACUCGGGGUUCCCAGUGAAAUUUAUUAUCUGUUUUAUAGUGAGUGCUGUGUUAUCCAUGUUCAUCGUGACGAGACGUUGAGACAAGUCUUUAUCACUCUCUUUUGGCAUUUCUUUUAUUACUGAUAUUAUUAGAGGAAUAGUGAACGGUUUCGACUUCAUGGUUUUGAGGAUUGAUAGGGUGAUAUUUAGUGAGUGGACGUGAGAGGAUAUAAGUGAGUGGACAAGUGAUUGGUAGUGAUAUUCGAUCGAGUGGCGCGAUGAUUGCCGAAAAAUGGAUUUUGCCUCUGGCCCUUUUACUGAUUACCAUCCAGGGCUGUGUGAGGGCUUAUUCCAGCCAGUGGGCGGCUCAUAUCGAUGGUGGUGUUGAAGUGGCUAAACAGGUAGCUGAGGAUCACGGAUUUCAAUAUCUUGGAAAGAUUUUCGACAAUUGCUAUCAUUUCGAGCAUCGAUCCGUGGUGAAGAGGUCGACGCAGCCACACCUGGGGGUGCAUCGUCGCCUCAUUAAAGAUAAGAGAGUACGUCGAGCUGAGCAACAACGAAUCAAAACCCGACUUAAGAGGGAUUUAAUUAAUAAACGUGGUCCUGCCAACGUACAAACAAUCCUCAACGACGACAGAUGGCCGCAGAUGUGGUAUUUGAAUCGUGGCCAUGGGCUCGACAUGAACGUCCAGGGCGCAUGGGCAGAAGGAAUCACUGGUCGCGGUGUGGUUGUGACAAUCUUGGACGAUGGCCUGGAAAAAGACCACCCGGAUCUCUACCGAAAUUACGAUCCCCAGGCAAGCUACGACGUGAAUGCCCACGACGAUGACCCGAUGCCGCGGUAUGACCUGGUAGACAGCAAUCGUCAUGGCACCAGAUGCGCGGGUGAAGUAGCAGCGACCGCAAACAAUUCAAUUUGUGCUGUCGGUGUGGCAUAUGGAGCUGGAGUCGGAGGAGUGAGAAUGUUGGACGGAGACGUAACAGAUGCCGUUGAAGCCAGAUCUUUAAGCCUCAAUUCUCAGCACAUAGAUAUAUACAGUGCCUCAUGGGGUCCUGACGACGAUGGUAAAACCGUUGAUGGCCCCGGUGAACUCGCCACCAGGGCAUUCAUCGAAGGAAUUACCAAGGGACGUAGUGGCAAAGGUUCAAUAUUUGUGUGGGCAUCGGGUAAUGGGGGGAGAGACCACGACAAUUGCAAUUGCGAUGGUUACACAAAUAGCAUAUGGACACUAUCAAUAAGUAGUGCUACGGAAAAUGGUUUAGUGCCGUGGUACAGUGAGGCAUGUUCGUCAACACUAGCAACAACAUAUAGUUCUGGAUCAACUGGUGAGAAGCAGGUUGUCACAACUGAUCUACAUCAUCACUGUACGAGUAGUCACACGGGAACUUCAGCAUCAGCUCCACUCGCUGCUGGUAUUUGUGCACUAGCCCUCGAGGCUAAUAGAGAGCUUACGUGGCGUGACAUGCAGCACAUUGUUGUUAGAACCGCAAAACCAGCAAACUUGAAGGCACCAGAUUGGGUUACCAAUGGUGUUGGCCGAAAUGUUAGUCACAGUUUUGGGUAUGGUUUAAUGGACGCAACAGCGAUGGUGCGACUUGCUAAAAAAUGGCGAACAGUGCCAGAGCAGCACAAAUGCGAGGUGUCAGCCCCACACAUGAACAGACAGAUUCCAUCCAGAAGUCAAUUGGUGCUAGAGCUGCACGUGAAGGAGUGCAGUGGAGUAAAUUUCCUGGAGCAUGUGCAGGCGAAAAUAUCGCUGAUGGCGUCUAGACGAGGAGAUCUUGAAAUUACGUUGACGUCACCUCAGGGCACUAAGAGUACGUUACUGGCGAAGAGACUGCAGGAUAUUUCAAAGGCAGGUUUCAACCAGUGGCCAUUCAUGUCAGUGCAUACUUGGGGAGAGAGACCGCAUGGCACAUGGAAGCUAGAAAUUCACAAUGAGGGUCGAUAUCUCGGUCGAGCUACUCUACACGAAUGGGCACUGAUGUUCUACGGUACAGCAACAGUCCCCGAUCGGUCUGAAUACGCAUUGUACAGUCCAGCAAGUGGAAAUCCCCCGAAAAAGUCAUUCAUCAAGUUGCGAGAAUCGAAUUAUUCGAGAAAUGCUCUCAAUCCAUUCGCCACAAAAGGAAAGCAAAAUAAAUCAGUUAAGCCGGGCAGUGGUAUGAGUCAACCAUACGUGACGGGUGUACAGAGUCAGACAGCGAAAAAAAGUAAAGCCCGGGGCCAGCACAAGAAUGGCAAAUCGGCCAAUAGACCGAGUCCACGACCAACAGUACAGAGUCUCCGGGGAUUGAAUGCCGGACGUGGAUCCGGUAUCACAUUGAGACCUCGGGGUCGCAGCACCCCCCGACCGAUCCUCGAAACAACCCUCAGAGCUACAACCAAACCAGCGACUAAAUCACCAAAGCUAAGGAUUAUCGAUGCUGGAACAAUGGCUCCUAUGCAACGGGGACUCAUUCUCAUGGAGCCACCCUCCAAGGCAUCCACCAAUAAAGUCCCUGUUGUUUUUCAACAGUACCCUAAAAUCCAACAACUCUAUCCAUUAUAUCCGAUUUAUGCUGGCGCCAGGGGUGUCGACCAACAUGCCGCCAGGGCAAAAGGACUCGAUCUACUUCAGGAUCAACAGUUUGACUCGACAAAUCUUCAGAUCACUGAUAAGGAUACCCUUGACGAAUGGAAACUGGUGUUUUAUGGGACGGAAACGUCCAUCGAGUUUGACGACGAAUUGGACAAGGAUAAGCUGAGCCCAGCUGGUUCGCCUGAUGUCAAUCAGGAGAAUUUAGCUAUCGAGGGUCGUCAAAAUAUCGUUGAUACCGAGGGUGAUCCAUGGACUGGGAGACAACAGGUGGAUCUAAUAUCCCAUCCAGAAGUUGAGAAGCCAACGACGGAGAAUCAAACGAGCGGUUCGUGCCGGAGUUUUGAUUCUCACGGGUGCCUAGUUUGCGAUAAGAAUUGGUACCUUUACGAGGGCAAGUGCCUGUCGAAAUGUCCUGGGGGCACGUACGGGGCUCACAGCCAGGAGAAGAAUGUUUGCAGCCUGUGCCAUUAUUCGUGUAUGACUUGCUAUGGGCCAUCGGACAUUGAAUGCACCUCUUGCCACGCCGAUUCAACUGCUGUGUCGCUGAAUCUGAAGGAUUACCGAUGUAUAAUAAAGUCACUGGAAUGGACAACCCACUCGACAAAAUGGUUCUACUUUACGAGCAUUCUACUUGGCCUCGUUCUCCUUAUCGUCACAAGUAUCGGAAUCUACUUGUACAUGGUGUACCAGAGGCGAAAUAGAACAGGAGGCUAUGAAAAAGUGUCGUUAGUUGGUAAUGACGAGCAUAAAGAGGACAAUGUUUACUUGAAGCGUAACAAUUGCGUGUCCGAUAGUGAUUAGAUUCGCGAGUACUUUGGUGGACAAUUCAGAAACAUUACGGAUAAAUUAUUAGUGAACGAUGCAAGUAUUGUGAUGAUCCUUUACGAGCACUUGAUGAUCUGGGGAGACCACUGUCUCUGUUUACUGCCAAAUACAUGUUGAUGUGUUGUAAUUAUUCAACUACUCGACUAGUCUCUGUUAACGUAGGAAGGAAAUCCAUUAUUUCGUCGAAUUAUUGUUAUCAUUCUGGUGUGAAGGGCCAUAAAGUUGAAGUUGAAGUUGAAUUCAGUUUCAACGCUGAUCAAGACUUUUUAAUAGGAUGUGAAAAUGUGAAAUGAAAACUUAUUGGAAAUAUGCCACUUCUCUGAAAAAUCUACACUGUCCUGAUUAUCUCCUACUGCUGAAUUAUCAAUAUUAAAAAUUUUUUUUUUUUUCAAUAAGUGACACUUUUGAGUCCUCUUUGAGAUAGCAUUUACUGCAGACAAUGAUGGCAUUAAUAAAUUAAUAAUUAGGGAUAAUAAUAUAUUAUCUUGACUGCCUCUCGAUAAUCGGAAUUAGAUUGUUUUUACAAAUGCUAUUAAUUUAUUUUGGCACUGAAAAAUAUGAACAAAAUCUUUAAUUUUAGGACGCAAAAUAAUUAAUCUCCGAAUAGUAGAAAAUUAUUCAUAAUCGGAGAUAACACGAUCAACAAACCAUGAACAACUUCCCGUCUGACUAAAGGGCCUUACUCCACUGAUAAUUCUACCUCGUCUCCCUCAGGGGGACUCAUUCUACUAGCUAACGAAAUGCCAAACAAAGAGGACACAGAAAAUAGUGAAAUACCCUACCCUCCCUUUUUCCUCACAUUUUUCUUCCAUCCAGACACCAUUUUACCGAGCAAUAAAAAUGUUCAGGUGAGAAACGCCGAUUACUUUAGUAGAAUAAUCGUUUUUGAUAACCGAUAUUCCAAGAUUUUUCUCUAGGAUUGUUAUUCGCAUUGUUUAUCGUUACAAUUGUGGUGUGACAAUUGUGAACUUGCAGCUCAAAAUGUGAUAUAGCCGCUGGAACCUAUUUUUACAACUUGUACAUCUGGUCUUGAUUGAAUAAAAU